GGAGUGGGGGUGGAGUGAAGUGAAUUUCCAUUAAUUGAGUUCCAAAGAAAGAGCCAAGUGUCUUCUAAUUUCUAAUCGCCUCUAACAGUCUAACCUUCUUCAAACUUGAUUUCACUCUCUUCUCAGUUCUCACAAGUUCCCUCUCCUUGAAUCCCUAAACCCUAACUCCCCUACAAUCAAUCCCCUUCAAUUCUCCACGGAAAAACAGACUGCCUGUUUCAGCGCUCGAGCUCUCCAACCGUUCCGGCCACCGGUUCCAGCGCACGAGUUUCUUCGCUGCAUUUCUACGAUAGGUGCGAGGACAAAAUAAACAAUGUCUGCAUUCGGGGCAGCUACUGGUUCUACAACCAGUCAUAACCCUAAUAAAUCAGUCGAGGUGAUCAGUCCUCCAGGGGAUUCAGUCUCAAGUCUUUGUUUUAGCCCCAAGGCCAAUAUUCUUGUUGCUACAUCUUGGGAUAACCAGGUAAGAUGUUGGGAAAUAACAAAAAACGGUAUGACUACUGGCAGUGUCCCUAAAGCAUCAAUUUCACAUGAUCAGCCGGUUUUAUGUUCUACUUGGAAAGAUGAUGGGACCACCGUCUUUUCUGGUGGAUGUGACAAACAAGUCAAAAUGUGGCCUUUGUUGUCUGGUGGCCAGCCGGUGACUGUGGCCAUGCACGAUGCACCUGUGAAAGAAGUUGCAUGGAUUCCUGAGAUGAAUCUUUUAGCUACAGGAAGCUGGGACAAGACUGUAAAGUACUGGGAUACCAGACAGUCAAACCCAGUGCACACACAGCAACUCCCUGAUCGUUGCUACGCUCUUUCUGUGUUGCAUCCAUUAAUGGUUGUGGGUACAGCGGACAGAAACCUUGUUGUUUUCAAUUUGCAGAAUCCUCAGACAGAGUUCAAGAGGAUCAUGUCACCCUUGAAGUAUCAAACGAGAUGUGUUGCAGCCUUUCCUGAUAAACAAGGCUUCUUGGUUGGCUCAAUUGAAGGGAGGGUUGGUGUACAUCAUCUCGAUGAUGCACAACAGAGCAAGAACUUUACUUUCAAAUGUCAUAGAGAUGGAAAUGAAAUAUACUCAGUCAAUUCAGUUAACUUCCAUCCUGUGCAUCAGACGUUUGCAACAGCUGGAUCUGAUGGUGCGUUUAAUUUUUGGGACAAAGAUAGCAAACAACGGCUCAAGGCUAUGUCGAGGUGCAACCAGCCAAUACCUUGCAGUGCUUUCAGCAAUGAUGGCUCAAUCUUUGCUUAUUCGGUGAGUUAUGACUGGAGUAAAGGCGCAGAAAACCAUAACCCAACAACUGCCAAGAGUUACAUUCUACUGCACCUAACCCAGGAUUCUGAGGUUAAAGCCAAGCCACGAGCAAACAACAGUAGGAGGUGAAUGCGACUUAUUGCAAGUCUUGUGACGGUGCAGAAUAGCUGCAACAUCAUUUUUUUGGCUAUGGUUGUAGCCAAUUGCAAUUUAGCCAAAUAAUUUUGUCUGAAAAUUGACCGACGGGUAAAUGAGGUUUAAUCGAUUACAAAUUGUAUUUUGGCUUAAGGUUGAGAUUUAUUUGUGAUGCGUAACUGUUAUCCUCUCCCCGAGUCCUAGUUGUUAAUUUUUAGAAAGAGGGUAGUUCUGUGUUCAAUCGACAAUUAUUGCUAUCAGCUCGAACCAUUUCGAAAAAUGAUAUUGAUAUUGAUUGGACAUGAUCCAAGAUUUAUUCAAUACCUAAAGUCACCCAUUA